AUACUUUAUAGAGAAAUUGCUGCCAGCAAGCCAUACUUGCUGACUGCAGAUUUUUUUUCAGAUUUACAGACCCUGUCUGCAGACAUUUGAAAUUUUUACCUGGCAUCUCUGCAUGACAGCCGAAUCUGACGGUAGAAUCAAAACAAAAUAUUGUGAAUUAUGAAUAUUUUUUUCUAUUUGCUGGUGAAAACAGUGAAAAUUCUUGAGUAAUUUUAAAUCAGACUAAGCAUAGUCCAUGCCUUUCUAAAUCACCGAUUAGAUUAUUCGUACUGUAUUUAACAGAUAUAACAUAAUGAAGUAUUCUACUUCUCCAACACCGUCACGUAGUAACAGUUCUUUGUUGGGGAUGUCAUCAAGAACCACAUCACCAUUGCCUCCUCCGGCCAGUUAUCGAACAGAUUGCAUGAGUGCUACAAACAAAAGUUACAAAUAUCUUCGACGAUUUGUCAAGUUUGAUCAGAUGGACUUCGAAUAUGCAAUGUGGCAAAUGCUUUACUUAUUCAUUGCUCCGAAAAAGGUGUACAGAAAUUUUAACUACAGGAAGCAAACCAAAUCACAGUUUGCUCGCGAUGAUCCGGCGUUUCUAGUGUUGCUUGUUGGAUGUCUUUGCGUGACAUCAAUUGGAUUUGCAUGGGUUCUCAGUUUAGGAAUAGGCCAGAGUAUACUAUUUCUCUUGUAUGUGGUGUUUGUGGACUGCAUUUUGUGCGGGAUGAUUGUUGCUACAAUACUGUGGGUUGUCUCGAACAAGUACCUGCGGGAUCAAAUAUCUGAUAUGGAUGUAGAAUGGGGCUAUGCCUUCGAUGUGCACCUGAAUGCUUUUUUUCCUCCGCUAGUUCUACUGCACUUUAUCCAGCUUUUUUUCUACCAUCCACUGAUUAGUCACGAGUGGUUUAUAUCAACUUUUAUAGGGAACACGAUUUGGUUGGCAGCCUUAAGUUAUUACAUUUAUAUAACCUUUCUGGGCUAUAGUGUAGUUCCAGGAUUGCGAAACACGCGAGUUAUUCUUGUUGUACUGCCGUUGUUGUUUUUAUUUUAUGUAGUUACGAUAAUUAUGCGUUGGAACUUGAGUGUGUCCCUGAUGUACUUCUAUCACUAUCGAGUUUUGUAGGAUGUGAGAUCUGCAAUAAUGUGACUGAUGUAGGCUACUUUUCAUAAAAAAUAAAGUAUUGACAAACACA